CAGGCGUUCUCAUCUCACGACGAGAAGCCUGUAACGGAAAACUCCAAAUUAUCGUUAUGGUGAGAACGAGGGCGGGACUAUCAGAUGCAGGAGUUUAGUUGCGAAAGACAACUUUGCCAAAUUCCACAUAAAAAAAAAUAUUUUAUUUUCUUUGGUGUUAGUUUUAUUUUCCCCGCAUAUCGGGACUUGACUCUGUCGGCCUCAGCCCUUGGGAUCGUAGAGACAGGAAUUGCGUAGCGAUAGACCGGCGUAACGUUACCACUCUCGGGAUCCUCUCUCAGCCGGACAAUGUAGCGCGUUUCCUUGUUUGACAGCAAGGAGUUGUAUUCAGAACACAACACAACAGAAGGAUGAGUUUCUCAUGCUAUUAACGUUAACAGCAACGGAAAAGUAGUAUUUUACCCGACGAGGUUCAUCACUAUCAGGUUCUACACGCGAUAUCAGCUCAACAUUGAACAGUUACAGAUUCCUCUGGAGUUAAAUGUCUAUGCGUUCAACGUACUUUAGGAGCGUUUCUGGAAUUGUUGUUGUUAGCUGCUGAUGUUAGCAAGAUAACUUGCUAGCCACCUUAGCCGACCAGUUGGUUUACGUGAACGAACUGCAAAAGUGUUGUCAAUGAUCUACUUUUCAUUUGUUUGUUAAUGUUGGAUAGAAGGCAGGUCGAUGCCGUGGCUUAUGGAGCCAGGUAACACUUGUCCCAGUGCUUUAAAAACUGGACGUUUAGUUAAGCUGCUCUCUUUAAUUAGCCUGGUGAGCUAACACACAGGCUAGCGCCUGCCGUUCAGAAUAAUGAGUAGAAAACAUCAACACUACAGAGGAGCCGAAGUCAGCUGCUGGGUCAAAUACGUCUUGUUUGGAUUCAACAUCAUAUUUUGGUUACUCGGUGCCGCAUUCCUGGCCGUUGGCCUGUGGGCAUGGGCGGAGAAGGGAGUGCUGGCCAACCUGUCGUCCAUCACCGACCUGGGGGGCUUCGACCCCGUGUGGCUCUUCAUGGUGGUGGGCACCGUCAUGUUCGUGCUGGGCUUCGCCGGCUGCAUCGGGGCUCUCCGAGAGAACACGGUUCUGCUCAAGUUUUUCUCUGUGUUCCUGGGAUUGAUAUUCUUCCUGGAGCUGACCGCCGGGAUCCUGGCCUUGGUCUUCAAGGACUGGAUCAAAGACCAGCUCAACUUCUUCAUCAACAAUAACGUCAAGGCGUACCGCGACGACAUCGAUUUGCAGAACCUCAUAGAUUUUGCACAAAACUACUGGUCGUGCUGCGGGGCCCACGGGCCCAACGACUGGAACCUCAACAUGUACUUCAACUGCACCGACAACAACCCCAGCCGGGAGAGGUGUGGGGUUCCCUUCUCCUGCUGCAUCAAAGACCCCGCCGAGGACGUCAUCAACACGCAGUGUGGCUACGACGUGCGGCUUAAAGCGGAGUCGGACCAGCUGAAGUUUAUCAACACAAAGGGCUGCGUGGGCCAGUUCGAGAAGUGGCUUCAGGAGAACCUGAUCGUUGUGGCUGGAGUCUUUGUCUGUGUUGCACUUUUACAGAUCUUUGGUAUCUGCCUCGCUCAGAACCUGGUGAGCGACGUGGGUGCGGUCAGAGCCAGCUGGUGAGGUCCGUCCUCGGGAGCAGAGGUCCCCUGAAGAGGGGGGAGGGGGGGCAGCAGCAGCAGCAUGAUGCUCUUUACACACACACACACACACGCACACGCACACAUAUACACACACACACACACACACAACCAUUCUGACAGAAAAACAACAGAGUUUACCUCCCAGACUAUCUGCCAUGUCGGCUGGAGGUAGGAUUGGGGGCGGCGGGGGGU